AUCUGCACCGUCAAUAUCGCUUAGUUUCUUUCGACUUUGUUUCUCUUUCCAUCCAUUUUUACCCCCUCCUUGGUAACGGAGAUACCAUCGAGAUUCGAAGAGGCAACCAGAAAUCCCCAAGGUAUCCAAUAUGAGCUCUUGGCUCAACAAGUUGCAAGGUCAACCCGACAGUUACGAUAAGAAAUCGCAAUACCGAUUUGGGAGGACCUUGGGGGCUGGGACUUAUGGCAUUGUUCGUGAGGCAGACUGCCCGACGGGGAAAGUCGCUGUGAAGAUCAUUCUGAAGAAGAAUGUGAAGGGCAACGAGCAGAUGGUUUAUGAUGAAUUGGAUAUGCUGCAGCGCUUGCACCACCCCAAUAUCGUUAGUUUUCGUGAUUGGUUCGAGUCUCGAGAUAAAUAUUAUAUCGUUACACAGUUGGCAACGGGAGGUGAACUGUUCGACAGAAUUUGCGAAUAUGGGAAGUUUACGGAGAAGGAUGCAUCCCAAACCAUCAAACAGGUUCUUGAUGCGGUGAACUAUUUGCACGAGCGUAAUGUUGUGCAUCGAGAUCUUAAACCCGAGAACCUUCUUUACCUUACCCCUGCCGCUGAUUCCCCCUUAGUCCUCGCUGACUUCGGCAUCGCGAAAAUGCUUGACGACCCGAAAGAGGUGCUUACAAGCAUGGCAGGUUCCUUUGGCUACGCAGCCCCCGAAGUUAUGCUCAAACAGGGCCACGGCAAGGCCGUCGACAUGUGGUCCAUGGGGGUCAUCACCUACACAUUGCUCUGCGGCUACUCCCCCUUCCGAUCCGAAAGCCUACAAGACCUGAUAGACGAAUGCCUGAGCGGGCGCGUCGUGUUCCACGAGAGAUAUUGGAAAGAAGUCUCUAAGGACGCCAAGGACUUCAUCCUAGCCCUCCUCGAGCCCGAUCAGAUCAAGCGCAGCACCAGCGAACAAGCCCUCGCCCACCCCUGGCUCAAGGGCGAAUCUGCCAGUGACCAUAACUUGCUGCCUGAGCUUAAGGCAUACAUGGCCAAGGCGCGCCUGAAGCGCGGUAUUGAGAUUGUCAAGCUUGCGAAUCGCAUCGAGGCUCUGAGGAUGCAGCAAGAUGACGAGGAGGACAUUCCAGACAGUAUGGGUGCGCCUGCUGAUUCCGCUGCGGCGGAUGCGACAGCGACUACGACUACGACGUCGACCAAUAAUACAGGGAGUGGGGGAACAGAACAGUCCAACAAGACAUCUGGGUCUGCUGGUACUGGUGGAGCUGGUGGAGCGACAGGGACAGCGGCAGGGGGUACACAAGGAGCCCCAACCGAUGGGACGAAGAAGAGGAGUCUGAGUAGGAUAGCACGCGGACAGAUAUUCCGGGAAGUGGUACUUGCUAAAGUGCGGGAGAUGAAGGAGGCGGAGCAGAAGGAGCAGAUUGAGCGGGAGGCGAAGGUGAAGGCGGGGUUUAUUUGAAUUGGUUUUAAAUAACUUACAUAUAUAUAUUUUGAAAUGUUCAACAGAAAAAAACAGUGGGGAGACAAUGAGCCCUUGAACUGGAUUUCCUGGCUUCUUUGGUUUUCUUUGCUUAUUUUUAGGUAGUUAGUUUCUUCUUUUCGUCUUUAUCUUCUUCUCUGUUAUAUUUCAUCUAAAUCUAUGAUCUGAUCUUUAUUUCCAG